GCGAACCAUGUGUUUUGAAUGCAGCUUUCGGCUGGCUUUAAUUGCUUAAAGUUCGCUAAUCUCGAGUUUUGUUUCAUAAGGAAUAUCAAGGACAUCAUUACACUGUACAUAUUCGCGUAUCACAUCUGAGGCACCGUUAAAAGACAUGGAGAUUGAUAGAUCAAUGUUUCUUCGCCAUAAGGCGAUACCUCUACUUUCGUUGAUUCAAGCAAUCUUGGUCGUUCGUCUUGUUUCCUCCGAGACGGUUAUUCUAGAUUCUCAUUCUCGAUACGACCAAUCAUGGGAUUGGCUCACCACAUAUGAACUGGCGACUGGUAGCGGGUGGGGCCGCAGUUCACAAACAGGAGAGUACCUCGUCUGUGAUCUUCCAGAAACUGCAACGAAAAGCACCAACAGUUGGCUAAUUUCAAAUUUCAUUGACCUGCAAGGCGCAGUAUCAGUAACUGUUCAACUAGAAUUCACUGCGAGACAAUGUGACCGUCAGUCACUUCCUUUCUGCAAGGAAUCAUUCAUGUUAUAUGUCUACCAAACAGACCAAAGGUUAAUAUCUGGAGUGCAGAAAUCAACGAUUCUGGCUGGACAUUUUACGUUCGCUGCAACGAUCGCUCCUAUUCACGUGUGGAAUUCUGCUCAGGCGAGAAUAACAAACAAAGCAGCAGUUGGACUCACUGUUCAAAGCAAAGGACUUUAUUUAGGAUUUCGGGACAUAGGAGGGUGUAUCGCACUCGGGAAAGUUCAAGUUGUUUCCAACUUUUGUCCUGGGAAAAUCAUUGGUGGGGCAAGUUAUAAUAGAACCCCUUCUCCUCCAAAUGGACAUGCCGUCAAGGUAAAUGGUAACUGUGCAGUAAACUCAGAGAGUCCGCAUAACGCGAACACACUACACAUGCAGUGUCAAAGCAAUGGAACCUGGAAUAGGCCAGCAAGUGCCGCUACUUGUCUGUGUAAACCUGGUUAUCAAAUCACUUCUCAGGGAUGCCAAGAAUGUCCUAGUGGAAAAUUCAAACCCAGCCUAAGCAAUUCAGAGUGCAGCAGCUGCCCGGUGAAUACUAAUUCCAACAACUCUAGACAGCAAUGUGAAUGCAAUGCAGGAUUUUAUCGGAGCCCAAAAGACAAAAAAGAAGGAAAAUGUACAGCACCGCCAUCAGCUGCAAGAAAUUUAUCAAUAAUAUUUCAAGACCAAUCCGUAAUCGUUGUUGCUUGGCUGCCGCCUUUAGACAACGGAGGGAGAGAAGACGUCGUCUACGACAUCAACUGCUUUCAAUGUGAUCCAGGUCCACGCUGCAGAAACAAGCAACUCUGUGGUGGGAAACUAGAAUUUUGGCCAGUGAGGUUUAAUAAUCAUUUUACGCAUGUUACACUGACAGGAUUACAACCCAACACAUCAUACAUGCUUAGGGUUACUGCUGAAAACGGAGUGAGUUACUUGUAUGGGCCUAGUCCGAGUAGGAAUGCUGAGAUUCAGUUUGGAACAAGGAUUUCAGCUAAAAUGCUUUUGGAUAAGACCUAUGUUGAUGACACUACAGCUGUUCUAACAUGGAAUUCCGUGGAUAAUCCUCACGAGUUUUCAAGCUAUGAUCGCUAUGAAAUAUCCUGCUUUAAAUGUGAUCAAGGCGGAGACAGUGUUAAUCACCAAUGUACAGAAUCCUGUGGGGAAAAAGUACGGUAUUGGCCGGGUAAAGAAGGGCUCAAGGACAACCACGUGACUGUGUCGGAGCUGGAACCAUCCACACUGUAUAAGUUUGUUUUGUAUGUCUGGAAAUACCGUACUGCGUUGUCUUCAGUGUUGAUCGAGACAAGUGCUUCAACAGAAGUUUCUCAGGGUGGACAAUUCUUUAACCUACCGACAAUAAUUGCCUUAAUACUGGCAGGAAUAUUAUUCAUUGUUGCUGUGAUUAUAUUGCUGGUCACUUGCCAUCUCAGAAGACGCUGGUACAACACUGGCAAAUCCGUGGGUUCAGAUAAUAAUGGCUCUAACGAGGGUACUUACUCCAUUGAAAAUACUGACAACACAAUAAUUAUGGAAGAAAUACUACAGGACAUUGACCACUCUACAGCGGGGAAUCAAAUGCGUUAAAAACUGCCAGAAUGCAGGAAUGGUUCAGCAUCAAAGUUGAAGUGAUUUCGUUGUUAGCCUCUAAAUUCCCAUGAGUGACCAAGACAGAAUUUCUCCUUACAAUAUCAAUACAAUAUCAAGCAGAUAGGUGAUGAGAAUUAAGAAAAAUUUCAAUUAUAUUAGCUAAUAGUGGAUCAGUUUGUUGAUCCAAAACCAAAUUCUCCAAACUAACAUCAAAAGAAUUGUAUGUCAGACAGUAGGAAUAAUUACUCACAAGAUCUUGGGCAGACCAGGGGU